CAACUCUGUUUUGCUACAGGGAAAUUUACUAGCCGUAUCGCGACGCAGCACGAUUUUUAAGCAAAUUGUUUAUAUUGUUUUAUUUAACAAUCUUGGCUGCAGAAAACUAAAAAGCAUCAUGGCGGAUAAAGCUCAAGAACAGAGUAUCAUGGACAAGUCCAUGCGUUCAGUAUUUGUGGGCAACAUACCAUACGAGGCCACCGAGGAGAAGCUGAAGGAAAUUUUCAGUGAAGUCGGCCCGGUUUUGUCGCUUAAACUGGUGUUUGAUCGGGAGAGUGGCAAGCCAAAGGGUUUUGGCUUCUGCGAGUACAAGGAUCAGGAGACAGCGCUCAGCGCUAUGCGAAAUCUCAAUGGCUACGAAAUCGGCGGACGCACUUUGCGUGUGGAUAAUGCUUGUACAGAGAAGUCACGCAUGGAGAUGCAACAGCUGCUGCAGGGUCCGCAGGUGGAGAAUCCCUAUGGCGAACCCUGCGAUCCCGACGAAGCACCUGAGUUGAUAACCAAGACGGUUGCUUCUCUGCCGCCCGAGCAAAUGUACGAGUUGAUGAAGCAAAUGAAACUGUGCAUAGUUAGCAAUCCUUCGGAGGCACGUCAAAUGCUUAUGCUGAAUCCUCAGUUGGCCUAUGCGCUACUCCAGGCAAUGGUUGUGAUGCGCAUCGUUGAUCCGCAGCAGGCGCUGGGCAUGCUCUUCAAAGCCAAUCAAAUGCCGCCUGUGCUCGGUGGGAAUCCGCAGCAGCAGCCGCCACAGCCAACUCAGCAGCAGCAACAGCAGCCACAGCAGUUGCCACCACAAGCAGCUGGUCAGAUGCAGAUGCCCGUUGGUGGUCCCAACUUUAAUAAUAUGCAUUCAAACGACAUCGAUUUACGCAUGGUGCCGGGCCCAGGACCCGUAAAUAUGGAUCCUCGCAUGCUAGCACGCAAUAUGGAUCAGGAUAUGCGUCAGGUGCCGGGCCCUAUGCCCAAUCCCGUGCCGCCUCCGCUGAUGGAUCCGCGCACACGCGCUCAAAUGCAACCCCAGCAGCAGCAAGGACCGCCAGCUGCUUCGAUGCCGUAUCCAAGCGAUCCACGACAACGUCCCAUGGAUCCACGUCUGCGUGGCGCUAUGCCACCUGGACCAGGACCAGUUCAACAGCCGGUGCAACAGCAGCAGCCGCCACCACAACAGGUGCCGCCUGUAACACAACAACAGCAAUCUGCUGCAUUGCAGCUGCAGAGCCGUUUGGGUGCUCAUGGAGUGCUGCCGUCGGAUGCAUCGGAUCAGGAAAAGGCAGCGCUCAUUAUGCAGGUACUGCAGUUGUCCGACGAUCAGAUUGCACAGCUGCCGCCAGAGCAACGUGCCAGCAUUUUGGUGCUGAAGGAGCAAAUUGCCAAAACUAGGACAGCACGUUAAAGUCGCAUUAUUAUUAUUAUUAUUAUUUUGAACAUUUGUAUUGGAAACUAAACAAUAAAGAACUCCUAUAGAUUCAA